GAACGCCCCCACAGUUGAGCAGGAAACUCUAUCAGAAGUGAUAAACGGAGACAACAAACAGCACCAGAAACCACAGGGUUGAAGAUGAAAAGAAAGAGAGGCGAUUGUAAGUUAAAAUAUUAAAUAUAUUACAGAAAUGCAAAUAUAAAAAACAAACUAAAAAUAGAGACAAAAAUAUCAAUUGAAAGAGGAAGUGUGAAAAACAACUAAAGGGCUUGGCUGCCUCAGUCAACUUUUCACAGUUUUGGUUUGAGAUCACAUGGAUGGAUGUCACCUUGCACUGCAUUUUCCCUCCAACUGUUCUAUAAGAAGCGAAACAUAUCUGCUCUACUAGUGACACGGACUGGAAACACUAAAGUGACACCAUGACACUGCAAGAACAUUAGGACCACUGCUCCAUCCCUGUUCCUUAGGGGAAAGGUCAGCACUGGAUGGCAACCAAAUGGAACAGCGUGACUUUUUUGCACCAAGUUUGGAUAAUAUAUUGGGGGCCAGAGGUGUCUAAGGACCUCAGUGUAAACAAGGACUGACGUCCAUCAGUGCUUUAGAGCAAACCUUCAGAUCUGGACCAAUGACUGGAAAAUGAAUAACAUCACUUUUGCAUGUGAAAAUGAAACAAUAUACAGUGAUAUUAAAAAAUACCAGCGUUACACCUAUGCAAUCAUCUACACAGUAAUCCUGGUCCCAGGGUUGAUCAGUAAUGUUUUGGCACUUUGGGUUUUCCAUGCGUAUGUGAAGGAAACAAAGAAAGCUGUGAUCUUCAUGAUUAAUCUUGCCAUUGCUGAUCUGCUCCAAGUUCUUUCAUUACCUUUGCGCAUUUACUACUACCUGAACCAAUCCUGGCCCUUUGGCCAUGCUAUCUGCAUGUUUUGUUUUUACCUGAAAUAUGUCAACAUGUAUGCUAGCAUUUACUUUUUGGCAUGCAUAAGCAUAAGACGCUGCAUGCUUAUCAUCUAUCCACUGAGAUAUGGAGCAACAAAACGGUGGCGAGACCGCACAUGGUGCGCAAUAGGCUGGUUCAUCGUGUGUGUUGGAUGCCUGCCUUUUCCUUUGCUGAGAAAAAACUCUGAACCCACCAACUUGGAAGGAUCUAAUAAUAUCUGCUUCUCAGAGUUACCUAUGGUGUCUCUAUCCAUGGCAAGUGGAGUGACACUUGUCACAGUGGCAGAACUCGUCGGUUUUCUGUUACCUCUAGCAGUGGUCCUCACUUGCACAUGGUUAACUGCUGCAAGUCUGCGUGAAAAUAACUGUGUACUUCAAGAUGCUGGAGAAAAACGCAAGGCUCUCAAGAUGGUGCUAAGCUGUGCAGGUGUCUUCCUGGUUUGUUUCAUGCCUUAUCACAUAACCUUCCCUUUGGACUUUUUAGCUAAAUCAAAAAAACAACUAAGCUGUGCAUUCAAAAUUGCAAUCCAACGCUGCCAUCCUAUAACCUUAUGUCUGGCCAGCUUUAACUGCUGCCUGGACCCAGUGAUGUACUACUUCACCACCGAUGAAUUCAAGAGGCGUCUUUCAAGGCCAGAGUUGGUAGAAAGCUUCCAUUUGCACCGCAGAAUCUCCUGCUCAACAACUGAGGUGAAAAUGUUGCAGUCUGAGCAAGAAGGAUGAAUAUGACAUUAACUUCAUUAACUUUAGGAAAGACCUUUCUGUUGUCACUAACACUGAGGGUAAAAUCUCACAAAGACUGCAGACAAACAAUGAAAAUAAAUACAGAAGCUACUUUCUAAUCCCAUAGUCCUUAUUCAUGGAAAUAACUAUGAGGAACAUUUAAAAAUACGAAUAACCUGCACUGAGACCAGUAAUAUAAUGUUGAUAUAUCCAAUGCUAAAUAUUUAUGAAGGAAUGUGCCCUGAUAACUGGAUAUGUGAAAGCAGUUUGAUUCAUGCCUAUUUAGAGAAUCAUGACAAAAUGAUAAAAAAAAUCACUGUCACAAUCAAAUGACAAAAUCACUGUCACCAGUGCCAAUCCUGAGACCUAUCUUUCUUCUUGUAAAUAUGGGGAAAUUAUAAUGUGCUAUAUGCAUAUGAUGACAAAGUGCAUGUUUAUUUUAAAAUUAUGGUUUAGCUAGAACACAUGAAAAUAGAUCUUUAAGGCGAUGGAAAAUGAAUGUUCCAAUGUACUACACUCAAAAGCAGGGACACAUUUUAUAUAGAACAAAAUAAUAGAAAAAGAAUAGAGAAGGUAGUAAAGGAAAAGAGGAAGAAGGAAAUAUCCCAGGCAAACUGAUACAGGAUGCAAAUUGACUGCACUCAUGGACAUGGCCUACAUUGAUCCAAGGCAGUGAACAUUUUAGCUGGAAUGGGGCAUAAAUAUUGCUAAAUUUAAUAAUAAUAAUAAAAAUAAAAUAAAGAAACUAAAAUAUGUGUUAAAAUAUAUAUAAUAUGAAGGGGUUAUGUUUCUUUCAAUGUUUAACAUAUUUAAAAAAAAAAAAAAUUUUAAACAGAAAAGGAAUUCAAAGGCUACUGUAACAGUCAAACACUUCAAACAUAUAAAUUGCAAUAAGUAUUUUUUAUAUUUAUCCAGCGAACAAUUACCUCAGUAUGUGUUACAAUUUGAUUCUUAACUCUCUCAUAAGUUUAACUGAAAGAAAACACAUGUAUUUGGGUUAUGGGUUUAUGGUUAUUCCGCACACACCAAAUUUCUCACUUUCAUUAUAUUGUGAAAUUGUAAUUUAUUUCAUUAACAUAUCUGCUGUUGUAUGCAGUCUUAGAAAUGGGCACUGAAAACAUUUCUUUAGCUGGUAGGCUAACAAAGCAGAAGUAAAAGCCUGAAAGUUGUUAUGGUAUUAUUAUGGUACAGUAUCUCUUGCAGCAAAAAUAAAAAAUAAAAUAAAGAUUAAUAAAAGGAAGUUAUGGAGCCAUUUUUAAAGCCUAGUACAGGAAUAACCUAAUACAUUUAUCCAAAGCUACUUGCAAUUGAGAAAGGAGCUGGCUGAGGGUUCAGGGACAUGCCUAGAUGUGCCUUUUUCACAGUGGGAUUUAAGGUCAUUCUCUUAGGUCCUUUACCACUGAUAAAUUUACAAGUGCCUCCAUUUUAUAUCAGAUUUAACAAACAUACUUAUGUAGUUUUAUGUGAAAGAGCAAAAUAAUGCAAAAUGUAAUGUUUUUGUUAAUAAUUUUAGUACCCUUUUAUCACAUAUAAUGCUCAAAAUAUAGGGUAAAUUCCAGCAUUCUGCAUUUUAAAACACAAAACACUAUCAACUAUCAACAGAAGUUCAUCUUUACAAUUAUGUGAAAAUAUCUGAAGCAAUGUAACAUGUCAGGGUUUGCUCAACCUUUUGCAGCUUGGGAUCCCUUUAACAUAUAAAUGAAACAGAGAUGGACAAAGAAAGUUUUAAUACUAUACAAAUCCCAGGUUAUUUAAAUUUAUAAAAUAUUUUGCUAUUUAUUGGAGUCAUAGUUUGUUACUAUGAAUGUACACAAAGUUUAAAAAAAAAAGUUGACAGUUUAGAAGACUACUUGUUUUUACAUGUGGCCUGACAAACUGGCUUGUGAGCGAAAGAAUACAAAUAUACAUAAACAAGUAUAUCAAUAACUUGUAAUGGUUGUCAAUUUUUUUUUAAAUUUAUGCUGUUAAAAACAGAAAUUAAUCACAUGCAUAUUAGUAAACUUUCUUAGUCCAGUGUAUGUGGGUGAGAUGAAAUAUUAAAGUGCAUUUUGCUAAAGUUAGGAUUUCAUUUAUGCUGCUCAAUGAAGAAGUCAUCUGCUUGGUUCAACAGCUCAACAAAGUCGAUGCAAGAUCAGAGAGUAAAAAAAAGCUCUGUAUCGAAGUGUGACCAAAAACCAAAAACAGCUGGCUAGCCUUGACACAGCCACUUUCACAAGAACACUUGACAACAGAAGUUGACAAUACUUUUGUUGUCAGUAAACAUCAGGGUAUUUAAAAAAAUAACUUGUUCUUUUAUGCAGUUACAUACAGCUAAAUCAACGGCUCCAACUUCUAUAAGAUUUCAAGCCUGUUUACAAAAAGCCUAGAGAAAUUACAAUACACAUAUCAUUUACAUAGCAUUAUUUAAUAAGUCCUAAAGUAAUUUUCUGAUCAAAUAGUUUUAUGCUCAGACACUAGCCAAUAAACACAGACUUUAAGUAAAUAAAUGCAGUUUUAUUUUCAAACAAACGUCAGUCAGCAGUUGAAACUUUCAGUAGUACAUUUCAUUGAUUCAGUCCAGCAUCUUUCAAGUCUGUUUUUCUGUACAUACAGAAUGACAGCAACAGAGACCCCAGGCUUGAUUGUCAUUUUCUAAGCAGCAGUUAAACUACGAAUCUUUCCAAAAUAUACAUAUCAGAAUGCAGGGAAUUUCAAAACGAUUGAACAACCACAAUGCCGUGCAGGGUUUGUGCCAGUUGGCAGGGUGUUGCGAUAGAAAGCCAUUAUGACAGAUGCAUAGACAAAUAAUUACACCAAUACGAAUUGAACAUGUUUACAGUGACCUGCAACAAAAUCUCAGCAUGCAAGAUGGCAGACUGGUUCUGCUUAGACAGACACCUUCUUCUUAUU